CCACCCCCCCGAUCGCCUCCUCUUCGCAGUGGCACGCCUUCCUCCCUCCGAUCUACUGCUUCGUCCCUCCUCCUUUCCCGAUUCCCGGCUUGAUUUAGUCGGGAUCGGGGUGAUCUUGCCGCCGAAGAGGCUUACACUUUCUCCGUGAAGGAAAAGCUUGGUCGGGGGAGGCCAUGGAGAGCCUGAUCUCGCUGGUUAACAAGCUCCAGAGAGCUUGCACUGCUCUAGGCGACCAUGGGGAGGAGAACGCCCUCCCGACCCUGUGGGACUCGCUUCCGGCGAUUGCGGUCGUCGGUGGGCAGAGCUCUGGCAAGUCUUCAGUACUGGAGAGCAUAGUUGGGAAGGACUUUCUACCAAGGGGUUCAGGAAUUGUUACUAGACGUCCCCUUGUCCUUCAACUACAUAAGAUUGAUGGAGAGAGAGAAUAUGCAGAGUUCAUGCACCUUCCGAGGAAGAGGUUCACAGAUUUUGCUCUUGUUAGGAAGGAGAUUUCAGAUGAAACAGAUAGAGAGACUGGUCGUUCAAAGCAAAUCUCACCUGUUCCGAUUCAUCUGAGCAUUUACUCUCCUUAUGUUGUGAACUUGACACUCAUUGAUCUUCCUGGACUGACAAAGGUGGCUGUUGAGGGCCAACCUGAUAGUAUUGUGGCUGAUAUUGAGAAUAUGGUUCGCUCAUUUAUUGAGAAGCCCAAUUGUAUAAUUCUUGCCAUUUCACCAGCCAAUCAGGACCUUGCCACAUCUGAUGCGAUUAAAAUAUCCCGUGAAGUAGACCCUAAGGGUGAGAGGACAUUUGGUGUCCUUACUAAGAUUGAUCUUAUGGACAAGGGUACUGAUGCUGUGGAUAUAUUGGAAGGAAAAUCGUAUAGGCUACAGUACCCUUGGAUUGGUGUUGUUAAUCGCUCCCAAGCUGAUAUCAACAAAAAUGUAGACAUGAUUGCUGCGAGGAGGAGAGAGAGAGAUUAUUUUGCAAGUACACCAGAAUACAAGCAUCUAGCUCACAGGAUGGGAUCAGAGCAUUUGGGGAAGGUUCUCUCCAAGCAUUUGGAACAAGUAAUCAAAUCACGGAUUCCAGGCAUCCAGUCUCUCAUAAGUAAGACCAUUGCUGAACUUGAUGGUGAACUAAGUCGUCUUGGGAAACCUAUUGCUGCAGAUGCAGGAGGCAAGUUAUAUGCAAUUAUGGAAAUUUGCCGUAUUUUUGAUCAAAUAUACAAGGAACACCUUGAUGGCGUGCGACCUGGUGGUGAAAAAGUUUACAAUGUUUUCGAUGCACAACUCCCUGCUGCUCUGAAAAGAUUGCAAUUUGACAAGCAGCUCUCAAUGGAGAAUGUGAGAAAACUUAUCACUGAAGCUGAUGGGUACCAGCCUCACUUAAUAGCUCCUGAGCAAGGUUACCGUCGUCUCAUUGAAUCUUCAUUGGUCUCUAUAAGAGGUCCUGCCGAAGCAGCUGUUGAUACAGUUCAUGCUAUAUUGAAGGAGUUGGUUCACAAGGCUAUUAAUGAGACUCUGGAGCUGAAACAAUAUCCUACUUUACGAGUAGAAGUUGGCAAUGCAGCUUUUGAAUCAUUGGAGAGAAUGAGGGAAGAAAGCAGAAAAGCAACUCUUAAGCUAGUUGAUAUGGAAUGUAGUUAUCUGACUGUAGAUUUCUUCCGGAAGCUUCCUCAGGAUAUCGAGAAAGGCGGAAAUCCAACACUUUCUAUUUUUGAUAGAUACAAUGACUCUUAUCUCAGACGUAUAGGAACAACUGUUCUGGCAUAUGUCAACAUGGUAUGUUCAAGCUUGCGGAACUCCAUCCCAAAGUCUAUUGUUUACUGUCAAGUGCGAGAGGCCAAACGCUCCUUGCUUGAUCAUUUCUUUACUGAGUUGGGGAAAAAGGAGACGAAGCAGUUAGGGUCAUUGUUGGAUGAGGACCCAGCAAUUAUGGAGCGUAGAACUGCCCUUGCAAAGAGACUAGAGCUAUACAGAGGUGCCCAAGCUGAGAUUGAUGCAGUAGCAUGGGCUAAGUAGGGAGAUGCAGGGGAUCACAUUGUUCCUCUCUUAUAAUUUUCACUCUACAAAUAGAUUCAUCUACAAGUCUCUCUCUCUCUCUCUCUCUCUCAAUCACUCUCUCUCUCUGUUUCUCGCUAUAUGCAUAUCUUGUGUGACUAUGUCUGGAGCAUGAGGAUUUAAUUUUCAGUUUGUUACCACUUUAUGUUGGAUGAUUAAUUAGGGGCGUUUCCUUUUACCCAUGAUAUAGAAUGUAUAAUACAUGAUUCCUUACCGAGCAUAAUAUGAUGUGCUCUCCUUGGGAAAUGAAUUUGAGUCUUUUGUGGUAA